GCGCCAGGAGGCAAGAGCUGUUUUAAGGAUUUUAAAUAUAUUGUCGGGUUAUUGAUUCGUGAAUUUGUAUUCGAAAUGCGAUCCAGCCUGGGUACGCCUCAGGGGCGCGGGGGGAUACGCACAAAGGCUCCAAUUCCCAUGACGCAGCACCAGAUGCAGAAGGCGCAACAAGAGGCAGCCGACGCCGCUGCAUUGGACGCUCUGGAUGACGCGGACAUUUUCGACGAUGAGGAGGGCGGUACACGCAUUGGUGACAUCUAUAUACCGCCGCCAGUGCCCCCACACUGCUCCAUGGAGAGCGUUGGACCGCGUCUUAUAAUCAAGCAAAUUGUGAACUACAAUUUCAAGAGCUAUGCUGGCGAGGUGAUCCUGGGUCCAUUCCAUCAUUCCUUCACGGCCAUCAUUGGACCAAAUGGUAGCGGCAAGAGCAAUGUCAUCGACUCCAUGAUGUUUGUUUUUGGCUGUCGCGCCAAUCGCAUUCGCUGCAAGAAACUCUCAACUUUGAUUCACAAUUCCAAGAAAUAUCCAAACUUGCCCAGUUGCUCGGUGGCUGUACACUUUGAGCAGGUCGUGGAUCAGGGGAGCGGCCAGUGCACUAUUGUUCCCAAUUCCCAGUUUGUUGUGCAGCGCACGGCCAUGUCGGACAAUUCAUCCUAUUAUCAGAUUGACAAACAGCGGGUGCAACUGAAGGAAGUGGCCAAGUUGCUAAAGAAACAUCAUAUCGACUUGGAGCACAAUCGUUUUCUCAUUCUCCAAGGCGAGGUCGAGUCCAUAGCCAUGAUGAAGACCAAGGGACAAAACGAGAACGAAACUGGGAUGCUUGAGUAUCUGGAGGAUAUCAUUGGUACUCAACGAUAUAUUCGUCCGUUGCAGCAGAUCAAUCAACGCGUGGAUCAGCUUACAGAUGAUCGUACGGAGAAGCACAAUCGCUGCAAACUGGCUGAACGUGAGAUGAAGGAUCUGGAGCAGCCCUACAAUGAGGCAGUCGCUUAUUUGCGCAAGGAGAACGAUUACAUGCGCACCAAGAACUGGGUAAUCCAAAAGCGCAUCAGCCUUAAGAAGCAACAACUGGGGGAGUACACCAAGGAGCACGAGACCUGCUCGGAGCAAUUGAAAACCCACGAUAAUGGCACCGAAUCUCUCCGAAAGGAACGCGCCGAAAAGGAAUUAAUUAUACGCAAGGAAAUUGAAGCCUACGAAGCGCUCGUUAAGAAGCGGGAGGAGAUCAAGAAGAAACUUGUGGCUGUGGAGCGCAGCUACACGGAAGUCCAGAGCGCCAUGGAGAAUACGAAUAAGCAGCGCAAAAAAGAUAAAGCUCAGAUCGAUAAGAAUCAAAAGGAGUUGGAUGACCUACAUAAAUUGCCAGAGAAAAAUGAGCAGGAGAUUAAAGAAUGUGAACGUAAAUUGGAACAAUUGGAGCAGGAUAAGACCAAACUAACGGAGGAGCUAGAGAAACAGUUAACGGAGCUCAAGAAGAAGUCGGAACCAUUGACAGAGCAACGUCUCAAGUACAGCGAUGAAUUGAUUGGCCUCAAGGAAGCCGUCAACAAGGCCAAGGAGGAGCUGCAAGUGCACGAGUCCAAGUUGAAGAUACUUAAGCAGGUGGAGGUAACCGAGGCGCGUAAAUUCGAGACACUCAAAUGCUCGUACGAGGAAUCGGAGCAGAGUCUGCAACAAAUGCGAACCAAACUGGAUGAACUUGGCGUCAAAAUGCCCGAGUUUCAAAUUGAGAUGACAACAAAGGCCGCCGAGGUGGAUAAACUGGCCAAGGAGGAGCGCAAUCUGACCACACAGUGCACCAAGUUGCGGGAUGAGAUCAAUGAACGCUCCUCGAAUAUGCAAGCACAGCGUUCCAAUGACAAUGUCUUGAACUUUUUAAUGCGCAUGAAGGCAGAGGGAAAAAUACCCGGCAUUCUUGGACGUCUGGGAGAUUUGGGUGGCAUCGAUGCCAAGUAUGACAUUGCAAUAUCCACGGCUUGUGGUCGCCUGGACAACAUUGUGACGGACAACUAUGACACGGCAACGGCGGCCAUCAAAGCGCUGAAACAGUACAAUGUGGGACGUGCCAAUUUUAUACCAUUAAACAGAAUGGAGCAUUGGCGGAGCAGAUCCCAUCCCAUCGUGACUCCAGAGAAUGUGCCACGCCUCUACGAUCUCGUGCAGGUGGAGGAUGAACGUGUCAAGACCGCAUUUUACAUGGCAUUGCACAAUACAUUGGUGGCCAAUGAUCUGGAGCAGGGAUCACGUAUUGCCUAUGGCAGGGAACGCUUUCGCGUAGUAACAUUGCGUGGAGACAUCAUUGAACAGACUGGCACCAUGUCUGGUGGUGGUAAUCGACCGAUACGGGGCAAAAUGGGCACCGAGGUGCGUACGAAGACCGCCGAGUCGGCGGACAAUUCCCACCUAUCGCAAAAGGCACUCGAGGAUAUGCAGCAACAGGCGGAUCAGCUGCAGUCGCGCAUUAAUUACUGUCAGGAGCAACAGGGACGACUCGAGCAUGAGAUUCAAAUGCUUCAGACCAAUCUGCAGCGCAGCGAGUCGGAGCAGAAGCGUCUCACAGUGAGCAUCAAAUCGCAGGAGCAGCAAAUGGCCAGCAGCUUAAAACAAUUGGAGGCUCAGCGCAAACGAAUGCAAUCCAAUACAACGGAUGAGGCAGCUGUCAAGGAGAACGAAGCUUAUAUUGAGAAGGCCCAACAGCAGCUGACACAGAGACAGGAGAAGGAGAAUGCCAUGACAUCAAAGAUUGAGAAGGUUCAGGCCGAAUACGAAUCCUUGCGAUCGAACACCGUCAAACCUGUGGAGGCACAGCUCAAGAAGGUGAGCAAUCAAAUUGAGAAAAUCUCCAGCAAUGUGCGCUCCCUCAAUGUGGCUCUGACCACCGCCGAGCGGAGCAUUGAACGUCUCAAGAAAAACAAUGUCAAUUUGCUAGAGAAUAUCAAAAAUGCCGAGGAUAAACUUCGUUCUCUUAGCGAGGAGCGUCAGCAAUGGCAGGAUCGCAAGGAUGAGCUGGAAACCGAGGGCUCCGAGGCGGAGGAGGCCAUCGGCAACGCCAAGUCACAAUCGUCGGACAUCAAAAAGGAAAUCGAUGAGCUGAACAAGCAAGAGAAUCAACGCAAUAUGGAGCGUAUUGAGAUUGAAACCAAAUUACAAGCUGUCGCAGCCAAAGUGAAUGCAUUGAAGUCGGAGAUACCGCGUUUCCAUAAGGAAUUAAAGCCCCUCAAGCUGAACGAAAUUCCAGGCGAGACAGAUCCGCCAGCUCCGCUCAAAACGCUGACUGAUGAAGAACUGGAAGCGGAGGAUCUGGGGAAUAUGCAGUUCACGCAAACGCGGCUCGAGGAGGAGCUUAAGGAUAAACCCAAUCUGGGCUUCAUCAAGGAGUUCACCGACAAACGUCUCGUGUAUUUGGAUCGUGUUCGCGUCCUGGAGGACAUCACCUCUAAACGUAACGAGAUGCGCGACAAGUACGAGGAGGUACGCAAGCGUCGCUACACGGAAUUCAUGGAGGGAUUCAACAUUAUAACGCGCAAGCUUAAGGAAAUGUAUCGCAUGAUUACGUUGGGCGGUGAUGCCGAUCUCGAGCUGGUCGACUCCAUGGAUCCCUUUACCGAGGGCGUUCAAUUUACUGUUCGUCCGCCCAAGAAGAGCUGGAAGUACAUCUCGAAUUUGUCGGGUGGCGAGAAGACACUCUCCUCGCUGGCUCUCGUCUUUGCAUUACAUUACUAUAAGCCAUCCCCAUUGUAUUUUAUGGAUGAAAUCGAUGCCGCCUUGGACUUUAAGAAUGUUUCCAUUGUUGGACAUUACAUCAAGGAACGCACCAAGAAUGCACAAUUCAUCAUUGUCUCUCUGCGGGUGAACAUGUUUGAGCUCUCCAACUAUUUGGUGGGCAUCUACAAGGUUGAUGACUGCACUGAUUCCAUCACCUUGGUCAAUCAUCCGCCGGAUGCGUUACCUCCAGCAACUCAGUCACGCAUUGCUGUCAACCAGACUCAAGAUGAAACAAUGCGCCCCACCAUAAAUGGAGACAGUCAAUCACAGCCAAUCAAUCAACGCCCUACGGAAAACUUCCGAUCUGUAGGCGGUGCUGAAGCCACCUUUGCUCCGCAGCUGGAGAGCACAGCGGUCAACCAAAUCGUAGAGGAAACGAGUGAAUUGAGUGUGAGCUCCAUGCCAAGUCAGCAACUCUCCCAGGCGGAUGCGCUACCUCCAGCAACUCAGCCACGCAUUGCUGUCAACCAGACCCAAGAUGAAACAAUGCGCCCCACCAUAAAUGGAGAGAGUCAAUCACAGCCAAUCAAUCAACGCCCUACGGAAAACUUCAGAUCUGUAGGCGGUGCUGAAGCUACCUUUGCUCCGCAGCUGGAGAGCACAGCGCUCAACCAAAUGGCAGAGGAAACGAGUGUGAGCUGCAUGCCAAGUCAGCAACUUUUCCAGGCGGGUGCCAUUUAAAUGUAAUGUAAUGUAAUAAUCUUAAUGAAAACUAAUGACAUUUAAUUAGCCAGUA